AUGGAGGUGGCUCAGUGGAAGCCCCAGGGAGACAGGUGCUGGAAGUUCCAAGAAAACACUCGUUCAAGUGGCAAGCUGGUGUCUCCCAAGUGGAAGAAUUUCAAAGGCCUCAAGCUGCUUUGCAGAGACAAGAUCCGCCUCAACAACGCCAUCUGGAGGGCCUGGUACAUCCAGUAUGUGGAGCAGAGGAAGAGCCCCGUGUGUGGCUUCGUGACCCCCCUGCAGGGGCCUGAGGCUGACGAGCACCGGAAACCAGAGGCCGUGGUCCUGGAGGGCAAUUACUGGAAGCGGCGCAUCGAGGUAGUGAUGCGCGAAUACCACAAGUGGCGCAUCUACUACAAGAAACGGCUCCGUAAAUCCAGCAGGGAAGGGGACCUCCUGACCCCAAAGCAGGCGGAAGGGGGUUGGCAGCCACCAGAGCGAUGGUGCGAGCAGCUCUUCUCGAGCGUGGUGCCCGUGCUGCUGGGGGGCCCGGAGGAGGAGCCCAGCGGGCGGCAGCUGCUGGACCUCGAUUGCUUUUUGUCCGACAUCUCCGACACGCUCUUCACCAUGACGCAGCCCAGCUCCGCACCCCUGCAGCUGCCCCCUGAGGACGCCUACGUGGGCAAUGCUGACAUGAUCCAGCCGGACCUGACGCCCCUGCAGCCCAGCCUGGACGACUUCAUGGAGAUCUCAGAUUUCUUCACCAGCUACCGCCCCCCUCCGACGCCCACGCCCUCACACUUCCCGGAGCCCCCCAGCUUUGGCCCCAUGGCUGACCCUUUCUUCAGCAGCGGGAUCUUGGGCUCAGAGGUGCCCCCUGCCUCGUCGGGUGUGACCCACCUCUCAGGGCAUAACCGCCUGCAGGCCCGGAGCAGCUGCCCUGGCCCCCUGGACUCCAGUGCCUUCCUGAACUCUGAUUUCCUCCUUCCUGAAGACCCCAAGCCCAAGCUCCCACCUCCGCCAGUCCCCCCACCCCUCCUCCAAUACCCGGCCCUUGCCAAGGGGCCUGGCCUAGAGCCCUGUCCCCCACCCACCUUCCCUCCCAUGGCUCCUCCCCCUGCUUUGCUGCCGGAAGAGCCUCUCUUCUCUCCCAGAUUCCCCUUCUCCACUGUCCCCCAGGGCCCAGGAGUGUCCCCACUGCCUGCUCCCACUGCCUUCCCACCCACCCCACAGCCGGGUCCAGGCCCGGCCCCUGGCCCCUUCCCCAUAGACCUUCUGCCCCCAGGGUAUCUGGAGCCCACAUUUGGGCCCCACUUCACAGUGCCCCAAGGCAUGCGGCCCAGAGGCAGGCCCCCCACCCCAUCCGCUAGAGGGCGGAAGCCCAGCCCCCCGACUUUGGCCCCUGCCAUUGCCAACCCCACCGUCACUGCCGGGGGCAGCAACCCCUGCCUCACGCAGCUGCUCACAGCAGCGAAGCCUGAGCAGACCCUGGAACCAGCACUUGUGUCCAGCACCCUCCUCCGGCCCUCGGGGUCCCCGCAGGAGACGGCCCCUGAAUUCCCCUGCACCUUUCUACCCCCGACCCCGGCCCCCACACCGCCCCAGCCACCUCCAGGCCCGGCCACGCUGGCCCCUCCCAGGCCCCUGAUUGUCCCCAAAGCGGAGCGGCUCUCGCCCCCAGCGCACAGCGGUGGUGAGCGGCGGCUGUCUGGGGAGCUCAGCUCCAUGCGGGGCCCAGGGACUCUGAGUGUCUGCGUCUCUCCCCCUCAACCCAUCCUAAGCCGGGGCCGUCCAGACAACAACAAGACUGAGAACCGGCGCAUCACCCACAUCUCUGCAGAGCAGAAGCGGCGCUUCAACAUCAAGCUGGGGUUUGACACCCUGCACGGGCUGGUGAGCACACUCAGCGCCCAGCCCAGCCUCAAGGUGAGCAAAGCAACCACGCUGCAGAAGACAGCCGAGUACAUCGCCAUGCUGCAGCAGGAGCGCGCGGCCUUGCAGGAGGAGGCCCAGCAGCUACGGGACCAGAUCGAGGAGCUCAACGCUGCCAUUAACCUGUGCCAGCAACAGCUGCCUGCUACUGGGGUGCCCAUCACACACCAGCGUUUCGACCAGAUGCGAGACAUGUUUGACGACUAUGUCCGUACCCGGACGCUGCACAACUGGAAGUUCUGGGUGUUCAGCGUCCUCAUUCGGCCUCUGUUCGAGUCCUUCAACGGGAUGGUGUCCACUGCAAGCUUGCAGAGCCUCCGCCAGACCUCCCUGGCUUGGCUGGACCAGUACUGCUCCCUGCCCGCUCUCCGGCCAACUGUCUUGAACUCUCUCCGCCAGCUGAGCACAUCUACGAGCAUCCUGACAGAUCCAGGCUGUAUACCUGAGCAGGCCACACGGGCGGUCACAGAGGGCACCCUUGUCUGCAAAAUGGGGCUGGAGAAGCUUCAACCAGAUGAUGAUCCCAAGGCCUUAGCAGCUGUGACACUUGGAGCUGAAGCUGGCAACUCAGGGAGCUUGGAGGAGGAAGGGGGAUGAUCCUGUUUCCUUGCCUCCCCCACCUGCUUCCCGCCUCCCCCGGGUAGGACACAGGCAGAAAAGGAGGUUCCCACUCUCUGCUCCUUCGCUGGUUGCCCAGUGUGGGGUGGGGUGCUGCAGGAUGGCAUCCCUGGGUGAGGCCAGGAAGGUCUGAUCCCAGGAGAGAGCAGGGCAGAGGGGUAGCCAAACCAGGGGCAGGCAUCUUGUGUGCGUGUGGAUGCGUGUGUGUGGAUUUUGUAAAGAAUUCUUGCCAAUAAAACCAAAAACUGUU